AUGGCUGCGCAAUCGAAGCCUGAGAUCUCCCCUUGGGGUCGCGCCGUGGCCGGAGCUACUGGAGCUGUUCUAGCUAAUGCGCUGGUCUAUCCUCUUGACAUCGUCAAGACUCGUCUUCAGGUUCAGAUCAAGCCCGAUCCUACGAAAGGUCCACUUCCUACCGAUGAACCACACUAUACGUCUACAUGGGAUGCGAUUUCGCGUAUUGUUGCCGAUGACGGAAUUAAGGGUCUUUAUGCUGGUAUGAACGGUUCUUUGCUCGGCGUUGCGUCGACCAACUUUGCCUACUUCUAUUGGUACACGAUUGUUAGAACACUGUAUCUGAAGUCUCGCAAGACGGACGCGAACCCUUCGACCAUCAUCGAGCUUUCCCUGGGUGCUGUCGCGGGAGCCAUCGCUCAAGUUUUCACAAUUCCCGUUGCGGUGGUAACCACGCGCCAGCAGACUGCCAGCAAAGCCGACCGAAAGGGGCUCAUAGCUACAGCUCGCGAGGUCGUUGAUGGCCCAGAUGGUGUGUCAGGUCUCUGGCGCGGUCUGAAGGCUAGCCUUGUUCUUGUCGUCAACCCUGCCAUUACAUACGGCGCAUAUGAGCGGUUGAAGGAAGGACUCUUUCCAGGCAAGACGAGCCUGAGGCCUGGUGAAGCAUUCCUGUUGGGUGCUAUGUCUAAAGCACUCGCGACCAUCGCAACUCAGCCACUUAUCGUGGCCAAGGUUGGCCUCCAGUCUAAGCCUCCCCCCGCCCGAAACGGCAAACCUUUCACCAGCUUCGUAGAGGUCAUGAGGUUUAUCAUAGAACAUGAGGGUAUGCUGGGACUUUUCAAAGGCAUCGGGCCACAGAUCUUGAAAGGACUUCUUGUUCAGGGCAUAUUGAUGACAGCAAAGGAGAGGGUUGAGCUGAUAUUCAUCCUUCUGAUCCGGUAUAUUAAGACAAUUCGCCUCAAGAGAUUUGGCAAGACUGUAGAGAACACCGCAGCGGCUGCAGCAGCCCACAGUGUCGGGGCUAAGCCAGUGACAACAACUACCUAG